AUGUGUCAAGUAAAGACUUUCCAGUACGACAUGUGCGGACACUUCUACGCCAAAAUCCUGAGCGCCUGCAAAGGAACCAUCACGCACACCACUCGUGCUGGCAUCACCAAACCCUCCUGCAACCCAACUAAAAGCCUGAGGGAGAAGAAGGAUGCCCCGGUCAUCCAUUAUCCAGGACGGUGCCUGCACUGCCAGAUGGAAGCCUUGAGGGCGCAUGGCCAAGCUCAGGUUGACGUGCUCAAGGAACAAAGUGAGGCCUCCCCAGUGAAGAAGCUCAAGCGAAGGGCGCGCGAGGCAGAGCUACAGCACGAAAGAACUUGCGCAACUCUGGACAGCCUGAAGAUCGAAGUGCCUGUUGCCAAGCGAGAUAUUGUGCUGCCAUCACCCCAGAUGCGGCAGCGCGUUAUUGUUGGAAGCCCUUUGCAGAACGAGGUCACAUACGGUGCGCCCGACAUCGACGAAGCCAUGCCGAACGAGGAAGCCAAGCCAACGAAGAUUAACAGCCCACGCAGACUCCAGCAGUCAUCGCUACGCUCCCGACGAGCUUGCAGGACAUACCUCGGCCAGUGUAUCACACAGGACUGCCGCCAUUGCAAGAAGCCGAAAAGAGCGGUCCAAGACACGGUCGUCGCGAAAGAGGUGGUAAUGCCGCAUGUCGGCGGCGGCAUGAACCUAACAGCACAUGAGCGACGUACUCUGCCUAUCGCGGUCAGUUUCGACCGGGCAUGA